AUGCAGCAGCUCCCGCUCCUCCUCCUCGUCCUGCUGCUCGCCUGCCCGCCGCCGGCGCUCUCCCGCCACCCCGCGCCGGCUACGGAGACCGAGACGCUUGAUGUGGCAGCGUCGCUCUCCCGCGCCCACGCCGCCGUCUCCCGCGACGCGCUCCCGCUCCACCAGUCCCUCGCCGCCACCGACGACGUCCAUGCGACCGAGGGCCGCCUCUCGCUGCGGCUCCACUCCCGCGACUUCCUCCCGUCGCAGCAGGGCCGGCACCCGAGCUACAAGUCCCUGGUCCUAGCCCGCCUCCACCGCGACGCCGCCCGGGCGGCCGCCAUCACGGCCCGCGCGACCCUCGCCGCCGACGGCAUCACGACCUCCACCCUCCUCCCGGCCAGCACCGACCCGCUCUUCGCCGCCUCGGCCGCCGACAUCCAGGGCCCCAUCGUCUCCGGCGUGGGGCAGGGCAGCGGCGAGUACUUCUCGCGGGUCGGCAUCGGCCGCCCUGCCCGCCAGCUCUACCUAGUCCUCGACACCGGCAGCGACGUCACCUGGCUGCAGUGCCAGCCCUGCGCCGACUGCUACGCGCAGUCGGACCCGGUCUACGACCCAUCCCUCUCCACCUCCUACGCCGCCGUCGGCUGCGACUCGCCGCGCUGCCGCGACCUCGACGCCGCCGCCUGCCGCAACGCCACGGGCGCCUGCCUCUACGAGGUCGCCUACGGGGACGGCUCCUACACCGUCGGCGACUUCGUGUCCGAGACCCUCACGCUCGGGGACUCCGCGCCGGUGUCCGACGUCGCCAUCGGCUGCGGCCACGACAACGAGGGCCUCUUCGUCGGCGCGGCCGGUCUCCUCGCCCUCGGCGGCGGCCCGCUCUCCUUCCCGUCGCAGAUCUCCGCCACCGCCUUCUCCUACUGCCUCGUCGACCGCGACUCCCCCUCCGCCUCCACCCUCCACUUCGGCUCCGACGCCCCCGACUCUUCCCAGUCCACCAACCCCAACCCCGUCGUCACCGCACCCCUGAUCCGCAGCCCGCGCACCAGCACCUUCUACUACGUGUCCCUCACCGGCAUCUCCGUCGGCGGGCAGACCCUCCCCAUCUCCCCCACCGCCUUCGCCAUGGACGACGCGGGUUCCGGCGGCGUCAUCGUGGACUCCGGCACGGCCGUGACCCGUCUCCAAACCACCGCCUACUCCGCGCUGCGCGACGCGUUCAUCCAAGGCACGCAGUCCCUCCCGCGCACCUCCGGCGUCUCCCUCUUCGACACCUGCUACGACCUCUCCGGCCGCACGAGCGUGCAGGUCCCCGCCGUCUCGCUCCGGUUCGAGGGCGGCGGGGAGCUCAAGCUGCCGGCCAAGAACUACCUCAUCCCGGUCGACGGCGCCGGCACCUACUGCCUGGCCUUCGCCGGCACCAGCGGCGCCGUGUCCAUCAUCGGGAACGUGCAGCAGCAGGGCGUCCGGGUCAGCUUCGACACCGCCAAGAGCACCGUCGGCUUCACCGCCAACAAGUGCUAGCUACUGAGCUUAGCUUGGCUUGGCUGGUUAAUUAGGGAGUGAUUAGUGUGCGGUAAUUAAGUGCAAAUGUGGAGUGUAGCGGAGACAGUGGGGCUUUGGGAAAAGGCAAAGGCGCGAGGACAAAGACAAGGAGUGCCAGCCUGUGCGUGAUUGAUGGGUCUAGUGUAAGUGUCCUUGUAGUCGUCGUCGUCUGUCUACCUCUGUGCAUGCCGACGAGCUCGAGC